UCUUUUUGUCGCCUGCCAGGAGUCCCGAGUUCCCUCUCUGGUCUUCUUUUUACUCUUUCAUAUAUAUCCUCCCUUUCCUAUUCAUUCUUCCAGGGGCUCUUGUUGUCUAUUUACCUCGAUAUGCCCAUCCCCUUGAUCACUAAGGGUGUUACAGAGGGCUUAUCAUCCAUUCCCUACUCCUACACAGUCCUCCGCGUUGUACCAUGGCUGCUCCUCGUCGCCGUGCUGAAGUACUACUUCGGCGGUGCCCGCAAUAGCUCAGAGCGACUCAUGCACUCCAAAGUCGUCAUGAUCACGGGCGGCACGUCCGGCAUUGGAGCCAGCGUGGUGCAGGAACUUGCCUCACGCGGCGCCCAGAUUAUCCUCCUCACCCAACAUUCCCAAUCCGACAUAUUCCUCGUCGAAUACAUCGAGGAUCUGAGAAGAACAACGGGCAACCAGCUCAUCUACGCGGAGCAGGUCGACCUCUCCUCUCUGCACUCCGUCCGCACCUUCGCAACCAAAUGGAUCGAUAACGUCCCACCCCGCCGUCUGGACACGCUCAUUCUCUGUGCCAACACGACCGCCCCAUCCGCCUCGAAACGAAAGGCCACAGGAGACGGAAUCGACGAAGAAUGGCAGGUCAAUUACCUCUCCAACUUCCACCUGCUGAGUAUCCUCAGCCCCGCAUUAAGAGUUCAGCCUCCGCACCGCGAUGUCCGCGUGAUCCUGACCACUUGCUCGAGCUAUAUCGGCGCCAAACUCGAUUUCUCACAAAUUGACGGUCCUCCUCCUCCUCUCUCUCAUGCCCUUUCUACGUCCAAGCCAAAAUCCUCUCGGUUAGCAACCAGGACCACCGCGAAAGCUCAGAAAAGGACUCCCAAGCCCUUCAAGAGCCUCUUCGGUCUGAGCAAGCUCUCUCUCAUGAUUUUCGCAAACUCCUUUCAGAAACAUCUCAACGCAUUCAAGCGCCCUGACGGUCAACCUCCGUCGACACGGGUGAUUCUCGUCGAUCCCGGAUUCGCUCGGACGCCCGGGACCCGCCGCUGGAUGACAGGUGGCUCACUAUGGGGGCUCCUGGUUUACCUCGUCACCUGGCCGGUUUGGUGGCUUGUGCUCAAGUCUCCGCAGCAAGGCGCACAGAGUAUCCUAUAUGCUGUUAUGGAGGCGCGGUUCGGCCGUGGCAGUGGCGGGUGGAUGAUCAAGGAGUGUCGGGAGGUUGACUUGGCUCGGGCUGAGAUCAUGGAUGACGGGGUGGGCAAGCAGCUAUGGGAGCUUAGUGAGAAGCAGAUCGAGUUGCGGGAAAAGGAGGGCGCUGUGAAACGGGCCCUGGCGAAGAAAGAGCAAGAGCAGAAGAAUGCUCCGGCUGCGGCUCCGGCUCCAGCUCAGGGUUCGAAAUCGACUGCGAAAGAGCAAACGCCUGGGUCUCGACGGAGCCGGAAGGGUAAUAAUAAUAAUAAAUAAAGCCAAUAAAGUAUAGUGGUAGUAUGUAUAUCAGAGCGAUAGAGAAAAAAAAAAAAAAUCAAACUAAG